AUGGGUGCCACUUCCGUUCCUACCAAAGAGCAGAUCCUCGUCCCUGAGACGCUUCUCAAGAAGCGCAAGUCUCAGGAGAAGGCUCGUGCUGAGCGCACCGCCGCUGUCCAGAAGAAGAAGGCUGCCAACAAGGAGAAGCGUGGCGUCAUCUUCAAGCGUGCUGAGAAGUACGUCAAGGAGUACCGCGAUGCAGAGCGCGAGAAGAUCCGUCUUGACCGUGUUGCCAAGAAGAGCGACUCUGCCUACAUUCCUGAGUCCAAGUUGAUCUUUGUCGUCCGUAUCAAGGGUAUCAACAAGAUGCCCCCCAAGCCCCGCAAGACUCUCCAGCUGCUCCGUCUUCUCCAGAUCAACAACGGUGUUUUCAUCAAGGCUACCAAGGCCACCACCGAGAUGUUGAAGAUUGUCGAGCCCUGGGUUGCCUACGGUUACCCCAACCUGAAGACCAUCAAGGAGCUCGUCUACAAGCGUGGUUACGGUAAGGUCAACAAGCAGCGCACUGCUUUGACCGACAACGCCAUCAUUGAGGAGUCUCUCGGCAAGUAUGGCAUUGUCUGCAUGGAGGAUCUCGUCCACGAGAUCUACUCCGUCGGCCCCAACUUCAAGCAGGCCUCCAACUUCCUGUGGCCCUUCAAGCUCUCCAACCCCACUGGUGGUUUCCGCACCCGCAAGUUCAAGCACUUCAUUGAGGGUGGUGACCUUGGCAACCGCGAGGAGGCCAUCAACGCCCUCGUCCGCCAAAUGAACUAG